CACGAUCUGGCCUUAUCGACAAUCCGUCAAGGUGCCCUUCCGAGUAUCAAAGCUGGCCAAAACCGCUGAUGACAGCAACAACAACACCAUUAUCAACCUUUCCCACCGAAACUGUGUGGACCUGCCCAUGAAAUCUUUCAGGUGACAUCGGACUAAAGAAUUGUGUUUACACCGACGUCAACGGUCUCCUGGUUACCCCCUCCUUCGGAGCGCAUCUUGAACCCCAAGCUUCGAGACAGGGACCAUCCACCUAUUCGCCCACCAUGUAUACAUCAGUAGUAAGACUACAGAAUGUUUUUGGCUUCUUCACAACAGUCGCCUUUGUAGUCGCGGCCUUCAUCGCCGCCUCCGACUUCGUCACAGAACGGGCGCCGAUUGUUCGAACCCUCAAGACAACCAGUGUCCAAGUCGUCCGAGGCCGACCGCACUACUACAGCAGCAAAAAGGAAGAAUACGCCAUCAUCAACUUCUCUCUCGACGCCGACCUCUCCUCGCUCUUCACAUGGAACACCAAGCAAGUCUUCGUCUACGUAAGCGCUGAGUGGCCGGCGGCCGACCAUGCGAAGACGAAUGCCACCAACGAGGCCGUGAUCUGGGAUACCAUCAUCACCUCGCCUAGCGCCGACCACCUGGCCAACAUUGGUCCUGUGGCCAUGAAGAAGCUGCGGAAGAGCGCUGGCGGGAAGAGUAUCGAUCCUAACCGCGGUAAACUCUCCCUCAAGAACCAACGCCACAAGUACAAAAUCACCCACCCCUCCGGCAAGCUCGCCAUGACCGACAACGUCACCCUCCGUCUGCACUACAAUGUCCAGCCGUGGGUUGGUCUGCUCACCUGGGACCAAGACGUCGACUACGGGUACUGGAAGGCUCUGAAGAAUGGGGUGAGCAAGCGCUUCAAGCUGCCUGCAAUUAAGGAGAAGAAGGCGGCGUCGGCGGGCGCCCGGUAGGGGUAACAUGGCAUGGGAGAAGGAAGGAGGAAUAAGGGUUGUUAGGGUGUAUGGAGAAAAAGCGUAAUAAAGCUAUGAUAACGCCAACAUCGGUCCUUUUAGAGAGAAGUUAGGGCAAUGUCGCAGUUGGUGAGGUUCCAGAACUCAUAUCAGUGAAUGGGUUCUAGUACGGACGGGCUCGUGGCAUCUCAUCUGUGAAGAGGCCCAUGAUCAUGUAAACGAAAUACGGAACAGGGAGCAAGUACCACAACCAGGAAUGGACCAAUGCCUGGACUUUCUUCCACAAUGUAUAACCUGCUGUUUUGUUUCUUUUAUUUAUGUCAUUCAUGUUGAAGAGCAAGCGUAUCAAGCUACCAUAGCAGUUUUAAGGGUUAGGGCAAGGAGGACGGUGAUA